AUGGACAGCAAAGACGAGAUUGAACAGAUGCCGCUUGUUGCGGGUGGCGGCGAUUGCGGUGCCCAGGCAAGGGGCAACAGAUUCGGGAUUCGGGAACACGGACAACGCUGGCAACUUUUGUUCUGGCUGUUGGCGUUAGAGCUCGCCAACCUCUUCCUCUUUUUAGGGGUGCCUCCGCUCAUAAACACGGCCAAAAGACCGGGGUCGCACCCCCUGGAUGACUACUUCGAGCUCAACGACUUCAAUAAAACUUGGGUGUUCAUCAAUGACGAGACAUAUGAUCCGGCGAUUAUUUCCCAGAAGGAAAUAUGGGAUAAAAUCUACUUGGAAUAUGGCAUCGUGUCGAUUAGCACCGAGUGGGCCGAGGCGCACGGCUUUCGCCCCUCGGCACCCACUCCGGGGAUGACGGGCAAAUCUGUUUAUCAGGUGGAAGCCUUCCACAAUCUGCACUGCUUGACACGUCUCCGAGAGCUGUUCAUGUCUAACAGCACGAGCUCGGCGGAUAUGCACUCACUGCACUGCUUCAACAGACUGCGCCAGUCGCUGAUGUGCAACGCUGAUCUCCUGCUCGGAGUGACAGAGAACUACGAGGACUACGGCAUCCUCGACACGCACACCUGCAAAGACUUUGACGCGCUGGCCGGCUGGGCGGAAAGAAACAAGUGGAAAGGCUUUCUUGAAUUCUCGCUUGAGAGAGCCAAGCAUCAAGGCCACGAGCAAGAACAUAACCAUGCGGGGAAGACGGCAAGGCGAGACGGACUGGGAUGGGAAGCAUAA